AUGUCACAGGCCAUGAUGGAAAGAAGAUUAGCAAAAAUAAAAAUGGCGUCUUCUUUCCCAAUAAGUCGCCCUCUUGCUCUCGCCUUUAUCCUACUGCUCGUCCUCCCUCUCGCCCUCGAAGCCAAGCUCCACGCCAAACCUGUCUUGACCUACCACCGGGGCCCUAUCAUCACCGGAAGGCUCAACCUUUCCCUCCUAUGGUAUGGUCAAUUCGGCCGUUCUCAAAAGAAUGCUAUCAGGACCUUCAUCAAAUCAUUAAACUACAAUGGUCGUGCAAACUUUCAGCCUCAGGUAUCAACCUGGUGGGAAAUGGUUGGGAGCUACCAAUCUAUGGCUAUGAAGCAUUCAAGGAAAACCCCAAGAAUCCAAGUGAAUGUUGUGAAGCAAAUUACCGAUAACUCAUACUCUCUGGGGAAGGUCGUGACCAAAGACUUUAUUAAGACUCUGGUCCAGAAGGCAACUGCUGGAAAUCGUAACACUGUUGCUGUUAUCUUCACAUCUAGGCAAGUCACAGCGUCUGAUUUGUGCUCGGGACAAUGCUUUGAGCAUGGAGUUAUUGGUAAGCAACCAUACAUCUUGGUGGGUAAUCCAGAAACCGAGUGUCCAGGUACUUGUGCCUGGCCAUUCCACAGGUCUGACUCCGGGCUACAAGCUGUAACAUUGCAACCACCAAAUGGUAACAUUGGUGCUGAUGCUAUGGUGAUUCAUUUUGCCUCAGGCUUGGCUUCUACCGUGACCAACCCAUUCAAGACUGGGUAUUACCAACCCGGCCGCAGAAAUGAUGUGUUGACUGAGGCUACUACGGCUUGUCCUGGUAUUUUUGGAAGCGGGGCAUUGCCCGGGUACACUGGAAAGGUACGAGUGGACCCGGUCACUGGUGGAGGCUUCAAUGCUCAUGGUUAUAAGGGUAGGAAAUUCAUGUUACCUGCUAUAUGGAACCCAAAAACAUCAUCAUGCUGGACUCUCUUGUAG